CAUCGAAUCAACCAACAAUUAAUUAAACUCCGUGACCAUGAAAAUGGCAGCUGUUAGUUUGUUGUUUGUUUUAUUACUGCAAAAAUCGGAGGCGAAAGUAUCAUCGAUCAUCGUGUUCGGAGAUUCGUCGGUGGAUUCGGGCAACAACAACUACAUUCCGACAGUGCUGAAGAGCAACUUCAAGCCUUACGGGCGGGAUUUUGAGGGCGGCAAAGCCACGGGAAGGUUUUCCAACGGCCGCAUCGCCACAGAUUACAUAUCGGAAGCUUUUGGGCUCAAACCAACCAUUCCUGCUUACUUGGAUCCUGCUUACACCAUACAAGAUUUUGCUACUGGAGUCUGCUUCGCUUCUGCUGGCACUGGUAAUUAUGAUAAUGCCACAUCUAAGCUUCUCUCUGUAAUGCCUCUGUGGAAGGAGGUAGAGUACUACAAGGAAUACCAAAUCCGGCUUCGAAACUAUGUGGGCAACCACAAGGCCAACCAGCUUCUCCGAGAAGCCCUCUACAUCAUAAGCAUCGGAACCAACGAUUUCUUAGAAAACUACUAUCUUCUCCCCCACAGAAGAUUGGAGUUCAGCAUUGAAGACUACCAGCAGUUUCUGGCCGGCAUAGCUAAACAGUUUGUGACGCAGAUUUACGAGCUGGGGGCGCGCAAGAUAUGCCUCACGGGGCUCCCUCCCAUGGGCUGCUUGCCGCUGGAGAGGACCACCAAUCUUGGAAAAUGCAUACACACAUACAACGAUGUGGCCGUGGCUUUCAAUGGCAAGCUAGAGGGGCUGGUGCAGAGCUUGAACAAGGACCUUUCCACAAUGCAGCUGGUGCUCUCGGCUCCUUACGCCGUUGUUUAUGAUAUCAUUCAGAAUCCGCACGCUUACGGCUUCGAGCAUUCGGCAAAGGCGUGUUGUGGGAGUGGGAGGUUUGAGAUGAGCUAUUUGUGUGACAACCACAAUCCCUUGACCUGCUCGGAUGCCACCAAAUAUGUGUUUUGGGACUCUUUCCACCCUACCGAUAGGACUAACGCCAUUGUUGCUCAAUAUGUCUUUAACAAAUUUCUAGCAGUGUUUCAGUAGCACCUGGCAUUACAUUGUGCCUUGUGGUGAUCAAUUAAUAACAGGAAUGCUUGUUUUUCACCAUUCAACUCUCUGCAAAUUUGUUCUUCAA